AACCCAGCCUAUUUGCAGCAAAGCAUGCGUUGUGGUCUUUCAAGCGUCCAAGAUGGCGACGUCCAUGGAGUAAUGUAAGCGUGAUUUCUGGAAUAUUCACCGAAGACAGGAAAGGAAUACCAGCAGUGUCGAGAACAGUAACAUGGCAGAAGGGAGUAACAAUGGAUCCAAUUCACAUCGUCCUAACCUUCAGGGUGUGCUGCGCUUAGCUGUAGAAGCCAGCACAUCAUCAGAUGACCCUCUGGUUUCUGAACCAAUGUCCGAAGAGAGGAAGGCUUGGUUGCAGGAAGCACUUUCUGAUCUUUGUAGAGGACAACUGGACGAGGUUCAGCAAAUGAAAGAGUGCCUAGAGAUUCUGAACACUUCUGAAGAAAGGAGUAGUGAAGAAGAAGAAGAAAGAGAUGAUGAACAGUUAAGGAAAAAAGAAGCAGCUCUUGAACAUUUGGCAGAUCUCUGUGAAAAUCUGGAUAAUGCAUGUGACUUGGUAAAGCUAGGUGGCCUAGAGUUUAUUGUCUCACGUUUAUUGAAUGAUCCUUCUUCUGGUAUCCGUUGGAGAUCAGCUCAUUUAAUAGGCUGUGCCUGUCAGAACAUGCCUGCUGUUCAGAGUCAUCUUCUAACUCUCAAAGCACUACCAAAUCUUUUGGAAUUAGUGGACAAGGAUCUAAAUGAUUCUGUGCGCAUCAAAGCUCUCUAUGCUGUUUCCUGUCUGGUCCGGGAAGAAGAAUCGGCUUUUCAAGAAUUCCUCCAACUUGAUGGCUUUUCGGUUUUGCUUCGAGGAAUGCAGUCAGGUCUUGACAAGCUACGUACCAAAUCUGCUUUUCUUCUUCACAAUUUGCUGAUAUCACAUCCAGAACAUAGAGAUACACUGAUUUCAAUGGGAAUGGUUCAGCAACUUGUGUCUGUGCUUAGGAUGGAUCACCAGUCUUUUCACGAAUAUGUACUUGGUGCCCUUUGCAGUCUUGUGAACGAUUCACCACAUGGUGUGAGGGAAUGCCAGUCUCCCCGUCUUCACCUUGAGGAAUUACUACACAAGAAGACUGAAGACUUGUCAGGAAGAGAAGAAUGUCAGGAAGUGCUGCAGUACUGUGACCAUCUGCUGAAGUCUUGCUUUCAUAUGCAGUGUGAAGAAAAUGCAAUGGACCGAUGAUGAUGAUGAUAAUUACAUUAUUUUUUUUUUUUCUUCAUCUUAAUUUUGGUGAUUUCUUUAAGCAGAUAUUACCAGAUUACAGAUGGUUUAUCUUUUCUACACUUACUAAAGUUAAAGCUUCUAAUAACUCUUCUCUUUUUCAUUAUGAGGUUACAGUUUCAUUAUGAAAUAAAAAUAAUAAUUAUAUAGUU